AUGGCAGCACCUCCCACACGGCAGUGGGGAGUCACUCCUCCGAUCUCAACCGCUCUUCCGACCCAAGAUGAGCUUGUCGCGAACGAUAAUUUGAUCGCAGAGCUCAAGGCACAAAACAAUUUCGAAGCUCCGUCCGAGACUGAGCGAAGAAAACAAAUGCUGCAGUUGCUGCAACGCGUCGCGGUGGAAUUUAUCAAAGUGGUCAGUCGCAAGAAGGGACUCUCUCCUGCCGCGGUGGAAGCAGCAGGAGGGAAGAUCUUCUCUUUCGGAAGUUACCGACUCGGUGUCUAUGGGCCAGGAUCGGAUAUUGAUACCCUGGUGGUUGGACCAAAGCAUGUCCUGAUCGACGAUUUCUUCGCCGAUUUUCCUCCUGUGCUAGAACGAAUGGCCCCCGCCGGUGCGAUUGAGAAGAUGACGCCAGUUCCGGAUGCCUUUGUUCCUAUCAUCAAACUCGAGCUAUCGGGGAUUAGUAUUGAUUUGAUUUUUGGUCGUUUGCUUGUCCCCUGCGUGCCAAUGAACCUGGACCUCAAGAACAAUGACUAUCUCCGGGGACUGACUGAAGCUGAGGUUCGCUCGCUCAACGGCACUCGUGUCACUGACGAGAUUCUGGAGCUCGUUCCUCAGCAAAAGACGUUCCGCCUCGCACUUCGUGCAAUCAAGCUCUGGGCUCAGCGCCGGGCUAUUUACGCGAACAUCGUGGGCUUCCCUGGAGGCGUCGCGUGGGCGAUGCUGGUGGCCAGAGUUUGCCAGCUAUACCCCCAGGCGACUGGGUCUGUCAUUGUGGGCAAGUUUUUCCGGAUCAUGAACAAGUGGGCUUGGCCUCAGCCUGUAUUACUGAAGCAGAUCGAGGAGGGGCCACUCCAAAUCAAAGUGUGGAAUCCGCAGCUCUACCAUCACGAUAAAUUUCACCUCAUGCCGAUCAUCACCCCUGCGUAUCCCUCCAUGUGUGCCACCCACAAUAUCUCGAUGUCAACAAAAGCGGUCCUCCUUCGCGAACUUCAGCGUGGAGGUGACCUGGUGGACAAGAUCUUCAUGAAGCAAAGCUCCUGGAACGAUUUGUUUGCACGCCACACAUUCUUUACACAGGAUUAUAAGUACUACCUCAGUAUCACCGCUUCUAGCAGGACCAAGGAAUCCGAAGGGGUUUGGUCUGGUCUCGUCGAGUCCAAGCUGCGGCAUCUUGUCGGAGCUCUGGAUCGGAAAGCAACCAUUGCGGUGGCACACCCCUUCCCCAAGGGCUUUGAGAGAAUACACACCAUCUCCAAUGAGCAAGAGAUGGACGCCGUCAAGAAUGGAUCGACCAAGUUCCAAGCCACUGGUACGAAGACCGAAAUGACUGAUGAGACCAAGGACCCAGCCCAUGAAGCUGCCGCACAGAAUGGAGUGGAAAACGCAGACGUCGCGCAACCCACAGAAAAGAAAGUCGAAGAAGACAGCCAGACCGUGUACACCACCACUUAUUACAUUGGCCUGGAGUUGAAGCCGCUGGAGCCAGGUGCCUCCCGAUCUUUGGAUAUCUCCACUGAUGCACAAAUCUUCAAGUCUACAUGCACAUCUUGGGCUGGAUACCAACCCGGUAUCAAUGAACUAGCCAUCAGCCAUGUUCGCAGUUUCGACCUACCCGACGAUGUCUUCCAACCAGGAGAAACUCGACCACCCCGACCCAAGAAGAAGGUGAUCAAGAAGACCGAGGCGGCCGGCCAGAAACGCAGCAUCAGCGAGCUAGACAAUGCAUCCCAAGGAGCCGCCAAGCGCCAGGUCACGUCGAGUGCAAUGUCCAGCACCCCAACUCCGGCUUGA